AAUCUCAUCCCUCACACAACUCCAGUUUCCUCUGUUCUGCACUUCAUCUUCUUCAUCUUAUCUUUUCCUUUCCCCCCUUUCUUCUCUCUUUCUCUGUUCCAGAGGGAAAUGGGGAGGGCGACAAGAUGGUUCAAGAACUUCUUUGGGAUUAAGAGAGACAAAGAAAAUUCCAACCAAACAAAACCCACUUCCAAUUCCGCCGCCGACAACGAUCUCUGCAAUAAUCCCGCCACAGUACCGCCGUAUUUAUCAGCGGCAGAGGCGGCGUGGUUGAAAUCCUUCUACUCUGAAACAGAUAAGGAACAGAGUAAGCAUGCAAUAGCAGUGGCUGCAGCCACUGCCGCAGCAGCCGACGCGGCGGUUGCUGCAGCACAAGCUGCGGUGGCUGUAGUCCGCUUGACUAGCCAUGGUAGAGGUACUAUGUUUGGCGGCGGCCGGGAAAGAUGGGCCUCUGUAAAGAUUCAAACUUGCUUCAGAGGGUAUCUGGCGAGGAAAGCACUGAGAGCACUGAAAGGUCUGGUGAAAUUACAGGCGGUUGUUAGGGGAUAUUUUGUUCGUAAACAAGCAACAGCUACUCUUCUCAGUAUGCAAGCUUUAAUUAGAGCUCAAGCCACCGUUCGGUCUCAGAGAACUCGCAGACUUGAAACCCGAGCCCGCAAGAACACGGAGAGAUUUGACGAUACGAAGAGCGAACACACUGCUUCAGUUCAUAGCCGACGGCUCUCUGCUUCAUUAGACAACAUGAUAUUUACAGCGCUGGAAGAAAGCCCCAAAAUCGUGGAAAUGGACACUAGCCGACCCAAAUCCAUGUCUCGUCGGACGAACACGUCGUUGUCGGAAUUGGGUGACGACCCAUUUAACCAACCAUUGUCGUCUCCACUUCCUUGUCGGACUCCGUCACGUUUGCAGAUCCCAGAUGGUCGGAAUUUGCACGAUUCCGACUGGGGUUUUGUGGCUGAGGAAUGCCGUUUAAUCUCGACGGCGCAGAGUACUCCACGAUUUGUCAGCUGUGGUGGUUCCAAUGGUGGUCCUCCGACGCCGGCGAAGAGUAUGUGCGGCGAUAAUUUCUUCAGAGGGUACUUGAAUUUCCCAAAUUACAUGGCGAAUACUCAAUCGUUUAAAGCGAAAUUGAGGUCUCAAAGUGCUCCAAAACAGAGGCCAGAGCCGGGAUCGAAGAAAAGAGUCUCGUUGAACGACUUAAUGGAAUCAAGAAGCAGCCUUAGUGGGGUUCGAAUGCAGAGAUCAUGCUCCCAAGUUCAAGACGCCAUUAAUUUCAAGAACGCAGUGAUGAGCAAACUCGACCGGCCAUCGGAAUUCAACAACUUGCAGAGAAAAACAUGAACAAUCAUUCCAAAUUAUUCCCAGUACCUUAGAAUUGUAAUCUACAUCAUCAAAUCAACUGCUUGGCAACUGGUUUAGAUUAGAUUCUUCCUGUUCUUCAGAUU